GGCUAAGAGCAGGCGCUCUUCCGGCAACAAAGAGCUGGGGCCAGCGGCCCAGGAUAAAUACUGUGGCCCCGACAGCCGCGCAGCACUCCCGGAGCUUGACGCGCCGCGUGACCCUCCCCAGAGACAGCGCCCUCUGAGAGCGCAGGGGACCGGCUCCGCACCCCCAAACCCUCAACCCUCCACGCCAGUGCCCUGCACUUCCAGACAUCGCGGGCCUUGCACCCGGAGCAUCCGCUGGGGGAGGCUGGUCUCCGACACCGCCAGGCCGGUCCAGUCUAUCAGUUCGUCCAGUCAGUGGGUGGCGUCCGCUCUCGGUGCCAUGCCAUUCCUUGGGCAAGACUGGCGAUCCCCCGGGCAGAGCUGGGUGAAGACAGCCGAUGGCUGGAAGCGUUUCCUAGAUGAGAAGAGCGGCAGUUUCGUAAGCGACCUCAGCAGUUACUGCAACAAGGAAGUAUACAACAAGGAGAAUCUUUUCAACAGCCUGAACUAUGAUGUUGCAGCCAAGAAGAGAAAGAAGGACAUACUGAAUAGCAAAACCAAAACUCAAUAUUUCCAUCAAGAAAAAUGGAUCUAUGUUCACAAAGGAAGUACAAAAGAGCGCCAUGGAUACUGCACUUUGGGAGAAGCUUUCAACAGACUGGACUUCUCAACUGCCAUUCUGGAUUCCAGAAGAUUCAACUACGUAGUACGGCUGUUGGAACUGAUAGCAAAGUCACAGCUCACAUCCCUGAGUGGUAUCGCCCAAAAGAACUUCAUGAACAUUUUGGAAAAGGUGGUACUAAAAGUUCUUGAAGACCAGCAAAACAUUAGACUCAUAAGGGAACUACUGCAGACCCUCUAUACAUCCUUAUGUACACUAGUCCAGAGAGUYGGCAAGUCUGUGCUGGUGGGCAACAUUAACAUGUGGGUGUACCGCAUGGAGACGAUUCUACACUGGCAGCAGCAGCUGAACAACAUCCAGAUUACCAGGCCUGCCUUCAAAGGCCUCACCUUCACCGACCUGCCCUUAUGCUUACAACUGAACAUCAUGCAGAGGCUGAGCGAUGGGCGCGACCUCGUCAGCCUGGGCCAGGUGGCCCCCGACCUCCACGUGCUCAGUGAGGACCGGCUGCUGUGGAAGAAGCUCUGCCAGUACCACUUCUCCGAGAGGCAGAUCCGCAAGCGGUUAAUUUUGUCAGACAAAGGGCAGCUGGAUUGGAAGAAGAUGUAUUUUAAGCUUGUUCGAUGUUACCCAAGGAAAGAGCAGUAUGGGGACACCCUGCAGCUUUGCAAACACUGUCACAUUCUUUCCUGGAAGGGCACUGACCAUCCUUGYACAGCUAACAAUCCAGAGAGCUGCUCCGUUCCACUUUCACCCCAGGACUUUAUCAACUUGUUCAAGUUCUGAAUCCCAGUACAUGACAACACUUCAGAGGGCCCCCUGCUGACUGGAUGGCUACGAAUACAGAGUUUGGACGCUCCAUUUGUAAAUAGUGUACAUUUUAAACAUUGGCCUGAGACUUCUCAGAUAAGUCCUUGAGAGGACCUUGGAGGGGAGAGAUACAAUUGCUGAUGGGAAUUUAAGAAUGUGAACUCCACAUUAGAAUUGGUAUGGAAAAGCAGAAGUAUUGUAAAUAGACUUUUUUCUAACAAUUUGCCAGCAAGACUCUAAAGGCAAGAAUUCUCUGUCAGCCAUGAAGAUGGAAUUCUCUUGAUGUUCAUGGAAACUCCUUUAUAGUUCCCUAGGAAGAAAAAGGCAAGACUCAAAUGCAGAGAGAAUGCUCUUUGUUUACAAUGUGAAAAUCUGUUUAGACAAAAAAAAAAAAAAAAAGGAAGAAAGAAGAAAAAAUACAUAUAAGAAAUCAUGGAGCUUUGGUUUUGAUUGAGUUUGUUUUGGAAAGGCAAAGAAGCACCAACCCCGAAACCUGAGUGGGCAUAGGCCUUAUCCUAUGAGACACCACACAAUGGUCUACCUCUAAAAGCAUAAAGCRUGAUCUCUGACAACGUGCAUUAUCCAGUAGGCAGUGUCUGUGUUUCUUGUAAGUGUUUUCAUCACUAUAAAAAGUGAUUUAAAAUGGAAAGGAUGUUGGAAGCAACCCUCAUCUUGUUUCACACUUCCUUUUUAGGUAAACAGGGCCCUCUUUGGAGUCCCCUCCUUCCUAGAACAAUCUCAAAGUACAUGUGCCUUUUCUCCUUCCAUACUGUAGUUCACUGGGGAAAGAGAAGGCCAAUUAACAACAGUCCCAAUAGAAAUCAUACCCCGGAAAAGAUAGAAUCAGGUACCCCAUAGCUAUAAAGACUUCUUUCUUCCGGUUUAACUUCUGGGCUUAUCUGGGCUUCCUUGGGUGCAUUUGUGGAAAAGUGUACAUCUGCAAACUGAUUGCAGCCCAAGUGCUGGGGCUUGAGAGAGACAGGUUUUACCUAUCAGACAAUUAAGCAUUUUGCCACUUGCUCUUYCUGUCGUCAGGGUGAUAAAUUGAGCUUUCUUAAGUCCUUGAGACAACCUGAACUAGGGCUUUUUGUAAGUGUGAUUAAAAAUAAAGCCUGAAGUUCCAGCCAAAUAGGGAGAUGAGUUCAUCUUAAACUGACUUCAUGGCUGGAGAGUUAAAAUGAAGAUAGUUAAAACAAAGAUCCCAUGGGAUUUUGCAAGGCAAGUAUCAGCAGGUCACUGUGGAAGAAAGGAAAUCUCAGGACUUCAUGAGUUAAUUGUCAGAUAUUCCUGGAAGAGGAUGGGGAAUGUUUUUGUUUUUUACUUUUUAUAGAAAGUUGCUUUUCUACAACAGUGUACAUAUAUUUGCAGUUGUAUUUGCUUCCUCCCCCACCCCCAAAUAAAGUCGCCACCUUGCAUGCCCUCGGCAAAUAAUUGAAACGGAAAUAGGAACUUAACUCACAUUCAUAUUGAGGGACAAUAAAGGUUGUACCUUGGGGUGACCCUUGAAGGAGGGAAAAGGUAGCUAAGCAGGUACAGAAACAAGGCAAGGGUCAGUAGUGAUUCAGUACCUCUCCAUGCCCUUCCUUCAACCACUCAGUCUGCACGUCAGCAUUCUGCAGUAAACUCUCCAAUGCUCCUCACUUUGUAAUGCUUAUACUUGCACCAGGAUUUCUCCAUAUUUCUUUAUCAUCUCCCCAAAAAAGAAAAAUAAAUGAAUUGAACUGAAAUUUUCCAUAAUGAGAAUGAAUUUAAUGAAAUAAGAUGAAUUUAAAUUUUCCCUAAUGAAAAAAAUCAGACAUGAAUGAAUAAGAUUGUGUUGUGGUAGGUUGAGCUUUGGAGGGCUAYAAACCAUUGUAAUAACUAAGAGGGUGUUUUUGGUUUGUUUUUCUCUCCCAUAUCAGUUGGACCUCAAGAAUACAGGACCUGACUGUUAAAUAAAAAGCUACUUCUUCCAUAAUUUUCAGGUUCUGUCAAAUAUCUUACUUUCCUUAAAGGAAUAGAGUGGGUUAGGUGUGCCACUGCUGUGGAAAGCUCUGGUUUGUCAGCUUCAGGUUUAGGGGUUCAUGGUCUUCSACAUCCUCCCAACUCAUGACCUCUGCUCCAUCAUGCUGACUGAAGAAAGGGAAAGUUCUUGGCACUUUCAGGUUUGCAAUCCUGGGAACAGUGGCUGCUUUGGAUGAUUAGCACAAAACUAGUCAGCCAGGCUCAUUGGACAUCACACCCCAGGCAACAACAUGCAUUUGUGCAAAAACCGCCCCCACCCCAACAGGUAGUCAGUGUUUUUUAUAAUAUUUACCAAGACAGUGUCUGUGGAAUCUGCCCAUGUAGUUUGGUGUUAUUGGAUGUGGUAUGUGACAGUUGGACAUUUUUUUAAGGAUGAAAAACAAGAAACCAACAUUUUAUGGGUCUUUUUCAUUGGAAGGGGAGAAUAAGGAAAGAAACGGCAGGUAGAGAGGGAGGGGGAAGGGAUAGAAAUGGUGUAUCUUCGAUGCUUUGGUUUGUGUGGGGACAGUGGAAGGAGCAGAGCASGCAGACUAUGUUAGACCACAUGGUUUCUGUUAGGCAUGGCCAGAGCACUACAUGUAAGUACAGUGAGUUUAAAAGAAAAUUCUURUUCCCAGGACACUAAUAGGCUCCCUAUUGACAAAUGCACCCAGGACAACCUGACCCAAAAAGCAAACACAAAGAAUCCCUGUCUCAGAACUGCUGGGGUAAUAUCAAGAAAGGGCAUGGAGAUGGAAACUGCUGAAAGAGAUAGAAUACUCUACCCUCUUUAGUGUGCCUACCAGCCUCCCACACACACAACACACACUCUACAAAGCAGAACUAGAAAUUGAUGUUCAUUUUGAAGCAAUUCRGACUUACAGCAAAGGAAAGCAUUCUGAGCACAUCCAUAUGGAUACAACGAUUUUGUCCAACUCAGAGGUUCGCAGGCAGCAAAUCUCGAGCCUCCCAAGAAGAAGGGCCAACAUUUAUAGAAAAGAGAAAAUGUGAAGUUGAGGAGKGCUCAUUUUAAGGCAAGAUCCAGAAAAAGAAAGUCUAAUGACAUUUUAAACUAGAUUACAUACUUAUGCAACACUGUUACUUUGAUUAGAUGAAUCAGUUGAAUGGGAGGGCAGGUAGCAGAAAAGAACAAAAGUUAUAAGGUAAAAACAUCCCCCCGGGGUAUCAGUCCUGAGAUGAUCCUUGGUUAGUCAUGAUCAAUUUCAUAUUGGAGUGGCUUGKAGGAGAUAAUUUCAGAUGGACAGGGUUUACACUGCAAAAUUCUCAAUGUAAGAGUGGGUUCUACUUGUAACUGUGAAGUAAGGUAAUGGGUGUGUAUUAUGUUAUUGCCAGUUCUCAUCUUUCUGAGCUUGCAGAGCUUGCAAGCUCCUUGUUUCUGUUGUUUUUAUAUGGGAGAAGAGAAAUCUUGGAAUUUCAUUUUUCUAAGUAAGUGGUGUGAUUUACAAGAAGAUAAAUCAUUACAAGUGAUGUUCAACAGUGUAUCAUUCUUAGCAUUCAACACAAUGUUUAUUAUAAAAUAUGCACCUGAGUUUAURUUUUUUUCUGCCAGGCAAUAAUGUCUUGAUUUGCAAACACUCUAUAUUUUAUGUGUGAAUUUUUUAACUGUAAUUUUGUGUGUGUGUUUUUUAACUAAACUCUAUCGUACUUUUCUAUGU